AUGCCCCUGACUCGAUCCUUGUCCAUGAGCUCCCUUAGCGGCCUUCCCCUGUGGGAGGACGAGGACCUCCCCGUGGAAGACUUGCUGCUGUUUGAAGUAGCCUGGGAAGUCACCAACAAAGUGGGGGGUAUCUACACAGUGAUCCAGACCAAGGCUAAGAUAACAGUGGAUGAAUGGGGGGAGAAUCUCUUCAUGAUGGGGCCGUACUAUGGGCACAACUUCAAGACCCAGGUGGAGGCAUGCGACCCUCCAAACCCUGCCAUAAAGAAAGCCAUGGACGCGCUCAACACCAACGGCUGCCAGGUCCACUUUGGGCGCUGGUUGAUAGAGGGCAGCCCCUAUGUGAUCCUGUUUGACAUCGAGGCAGCCGCCUGGAACCUGGACCGCUGGAGAGGGGACCUGUGGGACACCUGUGGUAUCGGCAUGCCUUUUAACGACCGAGAGGCCAAUGACGCGCUCAUCUUUGGAUCCCUGAUAGCCUGGUUCUUCAAAGAGUUGACGGACCAAACAGGGGACAUGCCAAAUGUCAUCGCUCACUUCCACGAAUGGCAGGCCGGGGCGGGGCUUAUUCUCAUCCGCUCACGGAAGAUCCCCGUGGCAACCGUGUUCACGACCCAUGCCACUUUGCUGGGCCGGUACCUGUGUGCUGGCAAUGUGGACUUCUAUAACAACCUGGACAAAUUCAACGUCGACCAGGAGGCUGGGGAGAGGCAAAUCUACCACCGAUACUGUCUGGAGAGGGCUGCUGUCCACUGUGCUCAUGUCUUCACAACAGUGUCCCAGAUCACUGCUGCGGAAGCCAGCCACAUGCUGCACAGGAAGCCAGAUGUGGUGACCCCCAACGGUCUGAACGUGAAGAAGUUUUCAGCCAUGCAUGAAUUUCAGAACCUCCACUCCACCAACAAGAACCGGAUCCAGGAGUUCAUCCGUGGACAUUUCUACGGCCACCUGGACUUCAACCUGGAGAAGACCCUUUGCUUCUUCAUAGCAGGACGCUAUGAGUUCUCCAACAAGGGAGCAGACAUUUUCCUGGAGUCUCUGUCCAGACUCAACUACCUGCUGAGGGUGCAUAAGAGUGAUGUGACAGUGGUGGUGUUCUUCAUCAUGCCAGCAAAGACUAACAACUUCAACGUGGAAACACUGAAGGGACAGGCCGUACGCAAACAACUCUGGGACACUGCUCACAGUGUGAAGGAGAAGUUUGGGAAGCGACUGUAUGAGGCCUUGUUAAAAGGGGAAAUCCCUGACAUGAACACUAUCCUGAACAGAGAUGAUUUCAGCAUCAUGAAGAGAGCCAUCUUUGCUACACAGAGACACACUCUCCCUCCAGUAACCACUCACAACAUGCUUGAGGACGCGUCGGACCCCAUCCUGGCCAACGUGCGGCGUAUCGGCCUCUUCAACUCUCGCACGGACCGCGUCAAGAUAGUAUUCCACCCAGAGUUCCUGUCCUCCACCAGUCCCCUGCUGCCUAUGGACUACGAGGAGUUUGUACGAGGCUGUCACCUGGGAGUCUUCCCCUCCUACUAUGAGCCCUGGGGAUACACACCGGGUGAGUGCACGGUGAUGGGGAUACCCAGUGUCACCACCAACCUGUCUGGUUUCGGUUGUUUCAUGGAGGACCAUGUCUCAGACCCCGCCGCAUAUGGGAUUUACAUUGUGGACCGAAGGUUUCGCUCGGCUGAUGAGUCAUGCAACCAGCUGACCCAGUUCAUGCUCUCCUUCUGUCAGCAGUCCAGACGACAACGCAUCAUCCAGCGGAACCGCACAGAGAGGCUGUCUGACCUGCUGGACUGGAGGUACCUGGGACGGUUCUACCAGCAUGCCCGCCACUUGGCCCUAAGCAGAGCCUUCCCUGACAAGUUCCAGAUGGAUCCUCUGGUCCCUCCUAAGACUCAGGGAUUCCGUUACCCCCGGCCCGCCUCUGUGCCCCCCUCCCCAUCUGCCUCCCUACACUCCACCCCCCACCACAGUGAUGAAGACGAUGACGAGGACUAUGAUGAAGAUGUAGAGGCAGAGAGAGAUAGGCUGAACAUUAAAGCGCCUUUCUCUCUAAGGGACGUGCUUGAGGGCGAGAAAAAACUGCCAGGAGAGUCUGGCAACUGAUAGGUCAAAGGUCACAGUUGACAAGUCAUGCCAGAAGAUCUGGGUGGCACACACUGGUAAUACUAUCAGAUACCUGUUUGGUUCACCCUCACAGAAAACCCACAGACCUCUGCUUAUAUUGAGAGAUUCAUUUAUAUAAGUAAUUGUUCAGACUAGAUUUAGAAAAUACUAAAAUAAUUGUAGAUUAUAGGAUAUGUAAAAAUGUCAUGCUUUGAUUCUGGACAAACUCAGUCCUUAGAAAUGUAUUUGUCUCAUCAAAAGUCUGGCAA